GCCCAUGAUGGAUGGGCGGAGCAGUAAGCAUGCGCUGAGGUGGCAGGCUCUGGGCUGGUCCUGACGGGCUGGCUGGCUGCUGGGCUCCGGGCGGAUGUCUGUGUGCGUCAGACGGCGGUGGGGGAGAACUACCAUCAACACGCAGCGUCUCCGAAGGAAAACACGCAGAGGAGACGCGGAGCGCUAAAAAAGAAAACCAACCGGGGCUAACGCUGGGAUCUGGAAAAGCACCGACGAGARAAGGGAGACGAUCCUCCCACAUCCAGCCCCACACCCCGUCGCCAACCCGCCCCGUCUUUUUCCUCUCGACCACUUCGUGCCAUCCCUCUGGUCCGACCACCCCAUAGGAAACCCCCCAUUAGACAUUAGACCAGCGUUGCCAUUAAGCGAUGCGCUUUGAAUCUGGGAAGAAAUCCUCUCUGCGCUUUUUGAUGCACAGCACAACCAGUGCUCUUCAUUUCCAGGCUAUGGAUUCGGGUGUUUACACUUUUCUGAUGGGUUUCCAGUUGUAAUAUAACAUGCAAAACAUCAUCCUGUCAUUCCAUAGCUUGGCUGGAAUUUAAACAACCGGCUGUCACAUACGCCGGGGUGAGCUCUUAUGUGAUUUUUUUAUUUUUUUUCUCAAGCUUGAAAACCACUCCGACAAUGGUCUUAGAACAGACCGCCACAUUAAACACUUAGUAAGAAUCUCUAAAAACCUGUCAGCUGGAUAUUUCGAUCCCACCGAGAAGAGAGAGAAAAAAAGCGACAGAACUGACGAGGAGUUUGGUCCUGUAAGGACUUCGGGAAGUUCUUGCUCCGGAGGAAAGACGUGGAUUGGACCGGAGACAUCUCGGCCAUAUCCACUGUAAAGUUGGGAGGUCAGCCAUGCUGUCGUUGGACGAGCCCCUGGACCUGAAAYUACCUCGGAGGGCAAACGGGAAGGACAGGGGAACCCGCUCUCCUCUUCUCUCACCGCUGCAUCCCAAGCGGGUUCGCCAGCUGCAUAUGACGGAUGAUGGGACAGCAAUUAUAGAGCCCGCUUCACCUGCAUCUCCACACUCAGGUGUGCAGGUGGUCCCUUACGACCGGACCGACACCCCGACGCCCCCCGCGGUGGACCUGAGCAUGUCUCCCUCCUCCCGACACACCCCCASCUCUCCAGAAAUGAGCAACRGCAGUUAYGUUCCCUCAGGCAAUUCUCACAUCUCGCAGGCGUUUCAAUUCUUUGUGCCAAUUGGUCCUGGAGCAGGACUUCACCUGCCAUCCUCUAUGUUCAUUGGCCAAACGAGUGACAAGCGGGCUUCUCCUGACCUUUCAGCGGAUGAACAACUUGCAUGUCRCUGGAAAAAGUGCCACCUGCUCUUUGACUCCCUACAAGAUCUUGUGGACCAUGUCAACGACUUCCAUGUGAAACCUGAGAAGGAUUCUGGGUACUGCUGCCACUGGGAGGGCUGUGCUCGCAAAGGAAGAGGGUUUAAUGCCAGGUACAAAAUGCUCAUUCACAUACGCACUCACACCAAUGAGAAACCACACCGUUGUCCCACCUGCAACAAGAGCUUCUCACGCCUGGAGAACCUCAAGAUACACAACCGCUCGCAUACAGGUGAAAAGCCYUACAUUUGUCCUUACGAGGGUUGCAACAAGCGCUACUCCAACUCCAGUGACCGCUUCAAGCAUACACGCACACAUUACGUAGACAAGCCCUACUACUGUAAGAUGGUAGGCUGCUUGAAGCGCUACACAGAUCCCAGCUCGCUGCGGAAGCACAUCAAAGCGCACGGCCACUUUGUGGCUCAGGAGCAGGGCCCCCCAAGCGGGGUAGGCUCUCUGCUGAAGGGAAGUCAGAGCGGAGGACCUUCUGGCGCUGGCAGUAAGGACUCAGAAUUGCCCUACGUCAGCGGAGCUCACAUCAUCAUYCCCAGAGCAGCUGCCGCUCUGCUGGGAGGCCACACCUUGCAGGGCGUAGGCGGUAGCCUUCCCUUGUCCCCUCUUAGCCCAAGGCCCCUGGACCUCACCACGCUGGGGAGCCCCAAUUCGUCUCCAGCCAGCCUAGGAGGCACAUCCAUCUUGUCCUUUAACGGCUCCCCUCUGGGCCUGGCUAAGGCCCCUUUACUUUCCUCUGCCUUCCCUUCCUCGGCCCUUGGCCUGCCAAUGGUUCCAGUACUGGGCCCCACUUCAGAGCRCCGGCCCCACCGCCACCAGGCAAAGAGGGGCAGAGGAGAUGAAGCAGAGGAUGAGAUGGCUGGGAGGGUCCUAAACCUCUCCACAGGUGGGUCUCAUGAUCCCCUAUCCUGGGUGGUCAUUCCCCCCGGCGCUGUGGUGCUCAAGCCAGCUGUGGUUAACUGAUACAAACACACGCACACACACACACACUCUCUCUAUCUCACACACACAUUCCAGAAGAGCUCAGGGGGUUGAUGCCAUAGUGAGGGUGUGGGAUGUCAAAGGUGACAUGGAUUGGCUUGAACAAUCAAUUCCAGGCAAUGCAUUGAAAGGUAGGAGUUUGGAAAAAGACACACUUCACCUCACACGAUUUAAGAAAACAACGCAAGCCUCUUGUAUUGUUGAAGAACUAAACUUGAGGCCCAAGAUCUGUGUUCAGGAAUAUGUACGGUCCUGGAUUUGUAUCACAAAGCCUUAAAACAAGGCUCCUCUUUGCUUUCUUAUUUUAUACUUUACUCAUUCUGGCUGGUUCUGUGGAAAGGGACCGUAAACGUGACAGUCUUAGUGCUCUGUGUUUUUAAAAAAAUGUCCUCCUUCAUCAUUGAGUAUUUAUAUGACUGUACUUUGACAAGAGUGCCUCCAGCUUAGUGCUGAGGUACGGUGGCUCGCAAAAAUAUUCACACCSUUUGACGUUUCACACAUUUUGCAACAAUACAACUACUCCCAGGCAUUAAGCAGUUCAGAUUUACACAAAAGYAACYGUGUUGCAAAUGAAAAACUAAAAGUGUGACGUAUUUCUAUUCAGCCCCAUUUACUUUGAUUUUCCAGUGCAACCAAGUACAGCAGUAUAAACACAGCUGUUCUGUGGAGGCCUUUUAGUAGAGUUUUACGAAGACCAACUAGCACAAGACAGAGAUAAAAUGACUAAACCAUUCUUGUGUUAGGAUGGUCCAGUCAAAGAGGUGACAAGACCUAAAAACGUAUGUUCAAGGUAGAUACAAUGUAUUACUAUGCAAUAAAUUGCGUUGGUUUCCAUUUAAAAAAAAAAAAAAGAAGUUUUGUUGUUUAGACAAAAUGUUAUGAAGCUUAAGGGGUUUGAAURCAUUUUGCAAGGCACUGCAGGCACCACAAAAGGAAGCACUCAGACACACGCAUGUAAUAGAAAGAUGUUUCAAAUGUUGUGAACAUUUGAAACAUACAUUUGACAAACUUGCCGAACCAAAGCAAGUGAACUUAUUACGUUUUAUACUUCAUUUAAGCAGAGCGCUUAACAGUGUCGACUUAUAGUAUUGAAACCUCAGAACUGCUGCUAAAUUUUCCUGCUCCUCCUGCUUCAUAAACUGGGCGAGAGCACUUUUGACAAUCCGUCCCCGGUCUUGUGGAGGAGUGAUGAACACAGACCAGGCCGGGGGCCGAACGAACAGACAAACGGUGGUUAAGCCACCUUGCAAUGACCAACCAUUACUUCCUCUCUUUUUUUUUUCCACAAGUGAAACUUAAGGCACUGGUUUGUCUGACUCCCCCUACUGGCGGGACGCGUCACAACCUCCCGACUCACAAAAACCAGCACUGUUCAGCUCCUGGAUUGUCCAGCUGCUUUACUGUAAUUCAAUCAACGGGGCCGGGUUGUGUAUAAAAGGCCCUCAGUGGUGAUAAACACUACAGUCUUGUAUUCUUUAAGCUAAAAUGACCCCAAACCAGCUGUGAAAAACAGGUGGUGGGCCUAGCUACAUGAGAUUCGACCCCAAUAAGCUUCAGCUGUGAAAGAAAGAAAAAAAACAAAAAAACAACAAAGAGGGAAUGUUCACGUUGUUCCACAGCGGGAGAUGGGAUACACUCAGUGCUGCCUACAGCUGGACUGACUAGGACGCCACACUAUCCCAAACUGCCUCAUUUCAGUCUGUCCGGAGGGGCAAACAACAUGUAAAAAAAAAAAAAAAAAAAAACUUCUGGGAAACACUUCAUGGUUCGAUUAAGCAGUAAACAUGCACUUACUAAAAACUACCAUGUUUUCUAAAAUGUUGUAUUUAAAGAAAAUAGCUCUUAUUUCAGUCCCCUUACAAAAUCCAGCUUUUUGUUGGGCGUUUCGUCAGACUUGUGUUGCUCAUGAAAAAGAGGAUGGGGAGCAGGAGAGGAUCCUUAAAACUCAACAGACUGACAUCUCUCCUCGCACUUCGCCACUCCUCYGUCUCUUUCGUCGAUGUUUGAUGACGCUGGCUGUUUUUGAGUGUAAUUUUUCAUUUUCAAAACUUAGGAGCAUAACUUUUCAAUUUGAGAGCAAGACAUUUUAUACUGUUGUGCUCCMCUGCAUAACUCUGCUCUSACAUAAAAAAAAAAACUUGUUUGCUUAAAAAAUACUCUACUCUUGCAUCAAAUCUUAUUUUUGCAAUCAGAUUUGGUGCCUCUCGCACAAAUAUCUUACGCUCCAUUUACACCUAAAGGCCAGUGAUGUCAAAGUCUCACUUGUGAUUCUAUUGACUGUGAAUGCUACCAACACUUUGUUCCAAGAGAAAGCAAAGAAAAUCUAAAAGGUUUUUAAAGCAUGAGGUGUAGGCUUCAAACAGGAGCAGAAGAUAAUUGUGCAAAAGGGAGGAAAGCAGAUUAUGCAAAAGCUUUUUUGUGCAGCUGAAUAUAUUUAUAAGCAGACAUGAUUAUUUUCAAGUGCGGGAGCAGGGUAUUAAAUCAGGGCAGCACAUUAUCCGAAAUCAAGAAUUUCUGCUCUUAAACUGAAAAUAGUAUGCUCAUAUUUUUUUUUUGGCAAAAAUCCCCUUGUAACUGUUUUAUUUACCUGUUUCCAUUUUAUAUUUUUGCCAUUACUAUGAUUUUUUAUUUUUUUUUUGCAGAUGUUCAGACGAGACAUUUUCUUUGUGAUGUUGAAGUWGCCUCUUGUGUUCUGCCAUGGCUGCUCUACAAUCGGGUUUCUGCUGCCGGGGAUGAGUUUUGUGAAGGGGUUGAAGUUGGUGGGGAAACAUUUUUUGGAUGGCUUUCCAGAGUUGUAGUUUCCAACCCGAGGCUGGCACUUCAAACGGACGGUUAGAUCAAUCAGAAACAUCAAAAAAUGUACCUAAAUUUUAAACUUGUGGAAGUUUAGUUCUCAGUUUUGUCAUUUGCAAAAGCCACAAAGACCACUUUUUUUUUUUUUUUUUUUUUUCAAACAGAGGGUCAACUUUUUCGACUGAUUGGCAGCUUGAGAGGAAAGAGAAAGGGUUGUAAGGAUGAGAGAAUGGACAGGGGAGCGAUUAGGGUGGAGGCUGCAUGCCAGCAGAGGAAAAAAAAAAAGCAACUUGCAGCCAUCCUGGGCUGCCGCUCUCCAUCUGGCUACCCACCCACCAAACGGCCCUCWCAGCUCUGAAGUCACCGGCUGUGCUGGGCCCACUGUGGCAGCCUCUCACAGAAAUACCAGCCUGCAGAAAACUAGGCCACUGAACUCUUCCUGCCCCCUCUCUCUUCUGUGUUACCCAUCUUCUUUAGAUUAAACCCGUGGCUCAAUUCCACCACCUCCUGGUUACAAAACAUUCACCAAAGAACAUCAAAGUACACCAAGAAGAAUUAGUCUCACAUUAGAGCAGAAAUAUGUUGGUAAUAUAACCCACUGAGGUUGUUUUGAUCAGAAUUCCUGCAGGUCUAUUAAGACUAAAUCGUAGGUAAAUUGUAUGGCAAGCAAAUAUACCAUAUAACCAAACCAUACCACAUCAAAUUGCUAGUGUACAUUCUAUUAUACUCUAUUCAUCUUAAUUAAAUUAAAUUUGCUAAUGACAAUUAAACUGACAUUUCAGCACUCAAAAUCCUUAAAACCUGAUUUAGAAAAGUUUAAGAUGUCUGUUCCUUAAAAGUAAACAUUUUACCGUUUAAUAUCCAAGCUUUGUAUGUUACGCACUCAAACCAUUCAACUACUAAUGCUUAAAAAGUACACACUCAUUUUGAUGAGAUGAAAUUCUCAGUACGGACGUCGAACACGUCCAUUACAUGACAAAUUGGCUUGCCAUACAGGUCGCGCGACAAGGCUCCUUCCUAAUAACGCCACCUCCACACAGUUUAGCUCAAGCUUCAGGUCAGGUAUUGGAAAUGAGUAGUGUGCCGUGUGAAUGGACAAAACCUAGCAUGUAACGUCAUCAGAGAGAGGCUAUAAGUAAGCCAGACGUGGUUUCCAUGGCAACAGCAGCGCCAACAGAUGCAGCGGGCCUCCUCUGCUGAAAGAGGCCAGGGACAGAGACUCAGCGCCGGCAGCAGAAAUCUCAGCACGACACGGGUCCAAACGGGAUCCACAUAUUUUCAAUAUUAAAUAAGCUGUAUGAUCCAUUAACCCUUUGAGCUCAGCCUGUAAUAAUCUGCACUCCCCACCUCCCCCCCUCCCUCAACUGUAUACGUUUGGGGAUGCUGUCACAUUAUUUUCCAACGUCUAAGCUGUCUUUGUGUUGUUUUUGGGAAAUACUCGCUACAGGGUCUCAAGUGGGACUCUGUUUUCUUAUCAUUAAGCAUUUUUUAAAAGUGGUACGGGCUCCUGGAGUUGUUACAAAAUCCCAGAUGCCAGGACACAAAAAUGCCCCACAUCAGAGGCUCGCUUUGCUGGAAGUGCCACAGUGUUGCACAAAGGGUUAAUGAUAUGACUAAGGCCACAGGAGGCCUGUUCAACUUACGUUUUUUUUGCACAUUUGUGAGAUAUUAUGUCAGUAUUUUAAUUUUUCCAAGUGCCUUUUUUAUUACAGGUAAAUAUAGAAGUUAUACACUAUAUGAGAAAAAGUUAUAUGAAAAUAUAUUUUUCCUGGCACCAUGUUCUGUGGUUGAACAUGCAGAAUUUUAAGCGUUGUAAAAGUCUCCAAUUGGUACAACAUAGCGGUGUUCUCCUGUUUUAGAGGAAUUUUAUUACGAUAUUGAUAAUAAUGUCAAUGAAAACAAAAAUGUUUAAUAAAGUUGCAUUUGAUAAGUG